ACUUUGACUUUACAAUUUGGAGGAACAGUCAGGAGUGCUGUAAACAGAGCUGCAAAUUCAAGUAUUGAUGAUGAUGGAAAGCUGGAGGCUAAAGCAGUGCUAAAGGAGACCAUGAGCGAAUUCUGA